GGCACACCCUAGUGUUUAGGGGUUCAGAAGGGUUCAGGACAUGCCUGGCUCUUCACUGAGCCACGUGUAUAAACAUCCAUAUUGUCCUGGCUUUACUUUUGUUAACUCUGACGCAGCUUAAAAUUUGACCGUCAGUCACACCGUGUACUUGGACACACCGAGUCGUGAGUCAUACGCGAGAGAACGCUCUCCGCUCUGCUUUUUCUGACUCAUUCCUGAGAUUGCAUUUUAUUUCCAAGAAUUUUUUUUUUCUAGUCAGCUUCUUAUUUCUUGAAGAUACGUUGUUUUGCUGUAUCUACUGAAUGUGAUAAUGGACUCGUCGUUAGACAAGUAAGCGCUGAUUUACAUGUAGUCCCCAAGUCAUGGAUCUGGGAGUUAUCGCUCUGCUGACUUCAGCCUGGGUCCUGAGUGUGUGUGCAGCAUCACAGAACGAAACUGCAGAUAUCUGCGUGGACUACGGAGAGGCGUUCGAGCGUGUGUUUGCAAUCCCAGACGAGGCUGCAUUAUUAAACUGUGAGAUAGUGAAGGUCUCUCCGCAGUUUCGUAGAAUCCCUUAUAACGUGACGUGGUUCGAUAAGGGGACGGGCCUGGAGCUCACGGGAGACCAGAAGCAUAUGGUACUACACGGUUCCUCACUGUUGUUCUUCAACAUCAACAUGGAACACCAGGGCCACUACCUAUGUGUUGUCAGAACGCCAGAGAAGUGCUACAAGCAGGUGAAGGUGUUAGUGGUGGACGAGAUGGCGCCUGGAGCAUGCCGUCGUCCUCGGGCCGCAGUGCAGCGGAUGAAUUCUGAUACCAACGACGACCUGAGGUGUCCUUUAAGGGACUAUGUCGACUUAGUGGACAGCUUCUCCAUAGACUGGUACAAGCUUCAUGUGCUCUGUCAGGGCUGUCAGCUGCUUCACCAAGACUCCAGGCUUCAAUUCACUGAAGACAACCUCGUGCUCCGCUUCCACCGAGCUACUCCCAAAGAUGCUGGGUUUUAUACCUGCAGGAUGACCUUUAACCUCACCGGAGUCACCAGUGUGGUCACAGAGACCAUCGAGUGUGAAAUCAUUGAGAAGAUAGAAGGGAGUCCUAAAAUGCUCGAGCCCGCUGAUGACGGUGUAAAAGUUGCUCCAGGUUCUGCCGUUAACAAGACAUGCCGCGUGUUUUUACCUGGCAAUGGAAUCCGUAUGACCUCGUUAAACUGGGACUUUAACGGUGAAUCCGUCUCCAAAAAUAGCUUCGAACGCAUCCACCAGGGACCCAUCAGUGAGCUGCAGGUAUCUAAGGGUUGGUGGGUGGAGCGCAGCUUGGUGGUGUCUCAGGUACUGUCAGAAGAUUUCCAUCAGAACUUCACCUGCAGUGCCAUAACCCAUAGAGGAUGUGCUUAUGGCAACUACACGCUCCAGCCUGCAGACCCUGAUCUGCUCCUGCCGAUCGGACUUCUGGCCUCCAUGAUGACUCUUCUUUUCAUCAUGGGAGUUCUGCUGUACAGAGAGUUUAAGGUGGAGCUUGUUCUGCUCUUCCGGACCCUGUUUCUCUUCUUUUAUGAGAGCACAGAUGGUGAUGGGAAACUGUAUGAUGCCUACGUGGUGUAUCCCCGGGGUCAAGGGGACACGUUGAGUGAAGCGGUUGAGGCUUUCGCCAUAAAGACGCUGCCGCAGGUUCUAGAGGAACGCUAUGGAUACCGGCUCUUUAUCCUAGGACGGGACAGUCUACCUGGACAAGCUAUUGCAGACGUAAUGGAGGAAACUAUGAAUCUCUGCCGACGAAUGGUGCUGCUGUACACAAGAUCAUCACUAAGCAACGCAGACGGUUUGUCAUGGUUCGAGCAGCAGACAGGCCUCCACCGCACCCUACUGGAAGAGACUCUGUCUGUGAUGCUGCUGGAGAUGGAGCAGCUCAGUGAUCUCUCCAUCCUCCCCGAGUCUCUGCGUCUCCUGCGUGAUAAGCAGGGGGCUGUACAGGCCUGGCAGAAAAAGCGGAGGUGGGGGUGCACAACUACGGCGGAAGAUGGAAAUGUUCCUCUUACGUCAUUUUCUUUGUCUGCUCGCUCCUGGAAUAAAGUGUGCUACUACAUGCCGGUGAGAGGCAAAGCCAAGCGUCCCUUCAAGAGAAAAUUGCUCCUGGAUCUGUGAAUAGUGACUUGGCUUUGAAACACUGGUGCUAAGUUUUGUAGGGAAACAGAGCUCACGGAUGAGCGAGGAGAAAUUGUGCACUCGAAGGAUGGAGAGCUGAAGUACCUUACAGUCUGCCUGAAGGAACGGAGGAACGGAGACGAUCACUCGCAGUUACAUUUCAACGGAGGAAAAUGUCCUGUAUACAAGAGCAAAGAGAAUCUUGCGCUUGAAUGGCGGCUUCUUCUGUGAGCUUCGAGUACAGCUUUUGGUGAACCGUGGAAGCACAAGUGGUUAAGCUGAGGCUUCCUAUUUAACUAAGUCUUGCAGGCAAGAAAUAAAUCAGACGGACCAACUGAAAUAUCAAAGCACAAUCGCACUGGACUCUAACACAGCCGAUUUUUCUGACAGUUCUGGUAAAAGUCUGGUGUGAUUCUCGGGGGUUUAGGCUGAAGAUGAAAAUCUUCUAUUAGCAAUAUUUGUUGGAACUCCAGUGUGUAUUAUCAUGCAGAUCUGUUCUAUCGGCAGCUUGACGCAUAAUUUUUUUCAGCUGAAGCCUCAGAUGAACUUAAAGUCAAUCACUGUGUGUAUUGUUAUUGUGUUGUAUGAUUGUGUUAUUGUGUAGAUGUUCUCAGGGAGGUGUGAAAACAUGAUGGAGUCAAAAACGCACACAAAUGAAACGCUCAUGUGCUCAAGUUAAAUGAAGUCCAUACUGUAUCUGUAGUGGUUAUGUUUAGUUAAGGUUGGUGCUCUUUCGUGAUAAUGAUAACAGAUGCAGAUGCAGAUGUGUCCAUAACAAAGCACAAAGGUCAGUUUAUACUUUCCAAAGAGGACAUGAAGUAGCUUUUAAACUACAUGUGAGCAGUUUUAGCACAAAAUGAGAUAAAUCCAUCAGGGCAGUUUGGAGAAAACAGUGUUUUUGUAUAAUCUAUAAAAAGUAUCACAAUAGGGAAUAUUUGUGCGUGGUCUAUCAGGGUCACACGUGUGUUAAAGCACAAAUGCCUAAUUAUUGUAUAGACAUUGUUGUGGUUAUAUCAUUGUGCAGCCUGAUGUCAGCCUGCAGUGUGUGUGUG